AAAAAACGUUGGGCCCUGCGUCACAUCAGCCUUCCUAGUGGUCAGGCCUGCCAUGCCGCAUGGAGCAUGGUCCAGAGCCUCCCCGGAGCGCAAUCCAGGCCGUUGCCAAGCGGCCGAGGUAGAGCCAUUGCUUUCCCCAGAUGUCCUUGGUUUCCCCUGGUUUUCCUCUGGUCUCUCAGCACGCAACCGCCGCUCACCAGGCGCACGGGUCCCGCACAAAUACCCGGUAAAACUGGGGAUAUUAGGUCACACUCCUCUGGGUACUCCAUGGGGAUCAGAGUCCAUGUGGAACACUGUGGGGGUCGGAAUGAUAGCAGCCAAAGCGAAAUGUGCGGGGGGAGAAGUGGCUCGACUGGACUGGCCGCGCUGGGUGACUGUUUGGUGGAGUCUCGAGUUUGCAGUCUCGAGUCUGCUGCCCCGUGAGCAGCAAAAACCCUCAGCGAGCUCGCCCGGCCACACCCGACGCGGAUUUGAGAAUCCGUAAAGACUACAUAAGUCAAACUGCUCGCCCUGCCUUAUUAUUGCGGGCAAUACACCCCUCCCAGCCUGCUGUUUGAAGCCCUGCUUGGUGGUGCCCUCUUCCCGGUCCUGAAGUCCUCACCACUUCUCAAGCUUGCCCCGAGAACACUCCACAGCCAAUAUGGCCGACCAAAUCUCCAGGGCCGCAUCCAACGGCUCCGUGUCGUCGAACAAGCAGGCCGAACAGAAGCUCGAGAUUGUCCCCGGCUCGGUUCCCAACGGCGCAGAAUACCUCAAUGUCGCCCAUAUGACUCCGGAACACCGGGUUCGUGUCGAGAAGAGCCUCAAGCGCAAGCUCGACCUCCGAUGCUCACUCUUCGUCGCAAUCUACAUCAUGAACUACCUGGACCGUAACAACAUUGCUGCUGCGCGCCUCAAGGGGCUGCAGGAUGAUCUCAACCUCGACAACACCCAGUACUCGACCUGCCUGAGUAUUCUGUAUGUCGGAUAUAUCCUCAUGCAGAUCCCCUCCAACAUGCUCAUCAACGGCCUCGAGAGGCCUUCCCUGUACCUGAGCAUCGUGAUGCUCGUCUGGGGUCUCAUCUCGACCCUGAGCGGAGUUGUGCAUGACUUCAAGGGCAUGGUGGUCACCCGGUUCUUCCUGGGUUUCGUCGAGGCGGCCUUCCUGCCCGGUGUGCUGCUCAUCCUGUCCAAGUGGUACACCCGGAGAGAGCUCACACUGAGGAAUGCCAUCCUGUUCUGUGGAAACCUCAUCUCGAACGCCUUCUCGGCCCUGGUCGGCGCAGGUGUGCUCUCCAACAUGCAGGGCACGCUGGGCCACGCUGCCUGGAGGUGGCUCUUCUGGAUCGAAGGUGCAGUCACCAUGGCUAUUGCCAUUGCCGCCAUCUUCAUCCUUCCGGACUUGCCCCACAACACUCGCGGGUUCACCGAGGAGGAGCGCCAGGUCGCACAGCUGCGGAUGAUUGAGGAUGUGGGCGAGGCCGACACCGACUCCAAGGACCAGGGGGUCACCGGCGGACUGGUCAUGGCAAUGAAGGACAUCAAGGUCUGGCUGAUGAUGAUCACGCUUUGCGCUUACGUCGUCGGCCUGUCCUUCAACGCUUUCUUCCCAACCCUCACCGGCACGCUCGGGUUCAGCUACGUCCCCACACUCCUGAUGAGCAGCCCUCCCUGGUUGUUCUCUUGCAUAGUCUCUCUCAUCAAUGCCCUCCACUCUGAUCGUACCGGAGAGAAGUUCUGGCACAUUGUCGGCCCAAUCGUUGGUGGUCUGGUCGGCUUCAUCAUCUCGAUGUCGACCCUGAACGUCGCCGCCCGCUACGUCGCCCUUUUCCUCCAGGCAAGCUCAUACGCAGGAUUCAUCGUCUUCUACUCCUGGAUCUCCUCAUCUUUCCCUCGACCUCCCGCCAAGCGUGCGGUGGCUCUCGCUGCGAUCAACGCCUUCUCCCAGCUGGGAAACAUCGCGGGCUCGUACGUCUGGGACUUGUCCGAGAACGGUUUCCGCAAGUCAUACGGUAUUGUCACCGCCAUGUUUGGCGUUACGGUUGCCGGGUGCUGGGUCUUCAGGCUCACCCUCACCCGCCUUAACAAGAAGCUCGAACAGGGUGAGCUUGCUGACUGGGGUGAGAGGGAUGAUGUUGCCCAGCAGACGGCGCAGAUCGAGGGCACCACUGCCGAUGAGGCUCUUAACAUGAGGAAGGGCUUCAGAUACCUUGUCUAAGGGUACAUUACAUGGCUGGCAAUUUAGAUAGAGAAAAAAGAAGUACAGUUGCAACGUCUUCACGACUUGUCUUGAAAUAAAUAAUAAUUUUAAACUACAGUGUCAA